AUGCAUGCUCUAGUGUAGUAGUGAGGUGGUGAGCUCGGCUGCUCGGACAUGCCGUUUUGCUCGGCCUUGUCGCCUCCCGUGCGCCGCCGCCGCCGCCGCUCGCGCGCGCGUGCCGUCGUGCUGGUCCCGGCCGCGUGCUGCUGCUGCUUGCUGCUGGCGCUCGCGGCGCCGUCGGCGGCGGUGGUGGUGGCGGUGAGGCAUGACUACGGUGACGCGCUGGCGAAGUCGAUCCUGUUCUUCGAGGGGCAGCGGUCGGGGCGGCUGCCGGCGGGGCAGCGCGCGGCGUGGCGGGGGGACUCAGCCGUGUCGGACGGCGCGGCGGCGGGGGUCGAUCUCGAGGGCGGGUACUACGACGCCGGCGACAACGUCAAGUUCGGGUUCCCUAUGGCGUUCACCGCCACGAUGCUGGCGUGGGGCGUCGUCGAGUUCGGCGACGCCAUGCCGCCCGCCGAGCGGAGCCACGCCGCCGACGCCGUCCGCUGGGCCACCGACUACCUCCUCAAGACCAUCUCCCACCCCGGCGUCAUCUUCAUGCAGGUGGGCGACCCAUGGAAGGACCACGGCUGCUGGGAGCGGCCGGAGGACAUGGACACGGCGCGGACGGUGUACAACAUCAGCGCGGCGCGGCCGGGGUCGGAGGUGGCGGGGGAGACGGCGGCUGCACUGGCCGCCGCAUCCAUGGUGUUCCGCGACGCCGACCCGGGGUACGCCGACCGGCUGCUCGCCGGCGCCAGGAAGGCGUUCAAGUUCGCCGACACGUACAGGGGCGCCUACAGCGACGACCCGGAGCUCAGAGCCGGCGGCUGCCCGUUCUACUGCGACUUCGAUGGAUAUCAGGAUGAGCUGCUAUGGGGAGCAGCAUGGCUACGGAGAGCUUCCCAGGACAAUGCCUACCUCUACUACAUUCAGAACAAUGGCAAGACCCUUGGAGCAGAGGACAGCACUAACGAGUUCGGUUGGGACAACAAGCAUGCCGGCCUCAAUGUCCUUGUCUCCAAGGAGUUCAUAGAAGGCGAGGAGCUAUCUCUGCAAUCCUACAAGGAGUUUGCUGAUGGCUUCAUCUGCACACUCAUUCCAGAGUCGUCGUCUCCGCACAUCACCUACACACCUGGGGGCAUGAUCUACAAGCCUGGAGGCAGCAACAUGCAGCAUGUCACAUCCAUUUCGUUGCUGCUACUGACUUAUGCCAAGUACCUCUCCAAGUCCUCGCACACUGUUAACUGUGGAAAUGUUUCAGUUGGUCCCGCCACUCUUCAGCUGCUAGCCAAAAAACAAGUUGAUUAUCUGCUAGGAGAUAACCCAAUGAAAAUGUCAUACAUGGUCGGGUAUGGCGAUCGAUAUCCUCAGCGGAUACACCAUCGAGGAUCAUCGUUGCCUUCAAUCAAGAACCAUCCUCAGCGCAUUGCAUGCAACGAAGGCACACCUUACUACAGUUCAUCUAGCUCAAACCCUAACCCAUUGAUUGGGGCAGUCGUUGGGGGGCCAGGGGAGGAUGAUGUUUAUGAAGAUGACCGUGCUGACUUCAGGAAAUCUGAACCGACUACCUAUAUCAAUGCUCCCUUGGUGGGAGUCCUUGCUUACUUUGUUGGCAAUCCUGACCCAGCACAUGUCAGGCAUUGAGAUUGAGCAAUUUGGCAUGAUAGUAGUGUGACAAAAGUUACAAAUAGGGAAAAAUGUAACAGGUAGGUUUGUGUUAAGAUUGCACUGCCUAUUCAUAGGAUUGGAUUGAAGAGCAUGGGGUCUAUACAAUAAUGAGAGUUUCUCCCCAUGUUUUUUUUUCUCUUUUGUUUUUGGGUUUGCACUGAAUUUGUGUUGGUGUGUCAAAGUGCAAUUUUACUGCACUAGUACAGGUGUUAUUAGUGGGAAAAAACCCUGUACUUUGUGUUUGAUAUGAAAACUGCUCUUACUUGAAGAACUACACGAGGAUUGUUUGACUGUAAA